ACCAUGGACCAAGGCCAAAAACAAGCUAAAAUCACCGCUUUUGAAUCUGAAGAGGUUAGUAGUACUAAAUGGGAGGUUAUAUGCAUGACUGAACAAGAAGAAGAUCUCGUCUAUAGAAUGUAUAGACUUGUUGGACAGAGGUGGGAUUUAAUAGCUGGCCGGAUUCCGGGCCGAAAUGCUGUAGAAGUAGAGAGAUUUUGGAUAAUGAGAGGUAGUUAUGAACGUGAAGGGGUCGCUGGUAAAAGAAAAGUGCAUAAGAAAGAGAAUUAUAAAGUCUUUGGUCAUUGA